AUGGAUUCAAGUUCUAGUCCUUCUACCUCUAAGCGAAAACGUACUGUUCUUUCAGUGGAGAAAAAAUUAGAAAUUCUCUCCAAAUUGGAAAAAGGCGAAACAGGUGUAUGUUUAGCUAGAUUUUAUAAUGUGGGUACAGCGACGAUUACCGACAUAAAGAAAAAUCGAGAGUCACUUAUGAUAUUUGCGUCACAGAUGGAUACAGAAGAAGGGCCUAAAAGACGAAAAACAAUGAAAAUGUCUCAAAAUGAAACUCUUGAUGAUGCGCUUUCUAAGUGGUUUAUUCAAAGACGAAGCCUCGGUCAACCAAUUUCCGGACCACUUUUAUGCGAGAAAGCUCUUGAUUUUAAUGAAAAACUUGGAGGAUCAUCAAAUUUUAAAGCUAGUACCGGUUGGCUUGAAAAAUUUAAAAAUCGUCAUGGAAUUCGACAAUUGCAAAUCCAAGGAGAAGCUCUAUCAGCAAAUUCUGAUGCUGCUGAGAAAUUUAAACUGACAAUUGGAAAUUAUAUAGAAGAAGGAGGUUAUUCUAGAGACGAUAUUUAUAAUGCCGAUGAGAGUGGCCUUAACUGGAGAUCAUUGCCACGAAAAUCACUCGCAUCUCGUCAGGAAACGUCAGCCUGUGGUUUCAAAGUGUCAAAAGAUCGAGUGACUAUAAUGACAUGUGCUAAUGCUUCCGGGACUCAUAAAUUGCCACUCCUAGUCAUUGGCAAAGCUAAAAACCCUCGUUGUUUCAAAAAUAUAAAAAAUUUACCAGUUUCUUACAAAAGUCAGAAAAGUGCUUGGAUGGAUUUAAAAUUGUUCUGCGAUUGGUUCAAAAAUGAUUUUAUAAAAAGUGUAAAAAAAUGGCGUAAAGAUAAGGGUAAAGAUGGUAAAGUGUUGCUAUUGUUAGACAAUGCACCAUCUCAUCCAUCUGUUGACGUACUGAAUUCCUUCGAUCCAAACUUCGUCGUCAUGUUUCUUCCACCGAAUGUCACUGCACUUAUUCAGCCGAUGGAUCAGGGGGUAAUUGAAAAGUUAAAACGUUUAUAUCGCAAAAAUAUGCUUAAGAGUUUAUUAUUGUUAGAUGAUAACUCUGAAAUCAACGUUGCUUCUUUCCCAAAAACAUUAAAUCUGAAACAUUGUUGUUUCAUGGUAGCGGAUGCUUGGGAAUUAUUGACGGAGGAAAAUUUAAAAAGAGCAUGGAAUAAACUAUUAUCUCUUGAAACAGAUUCCGAAGAAACAAUCGAGGCACAAAAUAUAUCGGAGUUUAACGAGUUCUUUAGCAAUAUCCCAGGUUUCGCAGAUUGUGAUGCCGAUGACGCUAUUGAUUGGAUUAAUAGCGAUGCCAACGAUCCUGGAUACCAAUUGCUGAAUGACGAAGAAAUAAUAUCUUCAGUAACGAAUUUGACCGAAAAUGAUGAUGAGAAUGAAAGCGAAGAUGAAUGUUUAGAUGAGACCAAAAAGGUUUCCAAUUCUGAGGCAUUUAAUGCUUUUGAGAUAGGACUUGAAUGGUACGCGCAACAAGAAGAAUGUUCCUGCACGCAAUUGCUUCUGCUGAGAAGAAUGCGUAAUUUAGCAGCUAAGAAACGAAUAGAUGCUAUCUUUCAAAGCAAAAUAACGAAGUUUAUGCCAAAAAAGUCUUAA